AUGAAUAUUGGGAGAGAUUUAAGAGGGUUGUGUGCUAGUUGCCCUCAUCAUCAAAUAAGUGAACAAAUCUUAAUCCAGUACUUUUAUGAAGGAUUACAAUCACUGGAUAGGAGUAUGAUUGAUGCAGCCAGUGAGGGUGCACUAGUUAAUAAGACUCCUGCUGCUGCCAGGAGCUUGAUUUCUAAUAUGGCUGCCAACUCACAACAGUUUGGCAUUCGUCAAGAUCCUAAUCCACCACCAAACUCAAUUAAUGAGGUGAGAAAUUCAAACGAGAACCAACUUGGUCAUCAAUUGGCUCAAUUAACUGCAGUGGUGCAACAACAUGCUUUAGGCCAACAGGUGCGGCCAUGUGGAAUAUGUCAGGUUGUGGGGCAUGCUAUUGAUACUUGCCUUACUCUAUUUGAGGGGGAGAUUGAGGGUGUUAAUGUUGUAGCUGCUCCACAGUCUACACCUGUUAGACCGCCUAGUUUUUCUCUUCAACAACAAUCUCACCAGAAAUAUGCACCUAGAACUAUGCAAGCACCACAAGUUGCUCAACCACCGAGUAAAAAACAUUCUACCGAAGAUUUAAUCAAUGCAAUUGCUACAAACAUGCUUCAGUUUCAGCAAACUACCCAAGCGUCCACCGAAAGUUUAGAGAAUCAGGUGGGACAACUAGCGGCAUCAUAUAAUAGGUUGGAAGCUCAUCUUUCUAAUAAAUUGCCUUCACAACUUGAGAAGAAUCCCAAGGAGAAUGUAAGUGCGAUAACACUGGAAAGUGGUAUACAAUAUGAGCCACCCACACAACCUUCAUCACCAGCUCCAAUAUUAAAAAAGUUUAAGAAAGAGGAAGUUGACAAGGAAAUUCUUGAGACUUUUCGCAAAGUUGAGGUAAACAUUCCAUUACUUGAUGCUAUUAAACAAGUUCCAUGUUAUGCUAAAUUUUUGAAGGAGUUGUGCACGAAUAAGAAGAAAUUGAAGGAUGAUGAAAAGAUAAGUGUGGGGGAGAACGUCUCUGCUGUUCUCCAAAAGAAGCUGCCACAAUUCCUUGAGACAAGAGUUAUUGUUCAGUUGGUCGAUCGCACUAAUGCUUAUUCUUUAGGGGUAGUUGAAGAUGUGCUGGUGAAGGUUGAUGGACUUGUCUUUGCAACAGAUUUCUAUAUACUUGAAAUGGGGGAUGCAUCAAUUCCCAAUCCGACACCGGUUUUAUUUGGGAGGCCAUUUUUGAUGACAACUGUUUACUGA